CAGUCUUUGGCGCCUCCUAUUAGUUUCUCUAUGGCAUUAUAUGCUGGAGCGAUGUGACGCAGAUAUCGAAGAGAUUCUGUACGGAUUAAGGUAGGACUAACAUUUCUGGAGUGGCCCAGAGUCGACACACACACUCCAACAUUUCCCAGGUGAUCCCAGGUCAGGCACAAUGAUACCUUGAACAGUGUCGCUUCACGGUGUUUGUACUGUUCUGAUGCUCUCCCUUGAUUGUCCGUGGGAAUGUGGAGCAUGAGCCCCGUGAUAGAAUCAAUUCCGAGGACUCCGCACAUGACAGAAAGGGAUCAUCUUUCAAACCGUGCAAAUGUAUAUGCAGAUCUUAAGGGUGAAGUAUGAUUGUCUACUCCAAUCCGAUCUGUGCUGUUCCUGCAUCAUCAAUGGUUCGACAUGGGGCUCAUCCCUAACUCCGCGGCCCAUGAUACCUUCACAGUCUCGACGGUGUACAAUGUAAGCUGAACUGGAUAUGGCUAUAUACGACCUUGACCCGCGGCGGCUCGAGAUCCCAUACUCAGGAUAUUCCUUCAAUACAAAUACACUUCCGUUUUGAUACAAGGGCCAGGCCGCUUCUAGCAGAGACAUCUCCGGGGUUCUAUCUGAGAAGAUGGGUCACACACGACAACAGGAUGUGCAUAUUGGCAUUGUUGGGGCCGGGAUUGGUGGGCUUGCCACGGCCAUCGCCUUACGCAAGGCUGGUGCGAACGUGACUGUUCUUGAGGCAGCAGAGCAAUUGGGAGAGAUAGGCGCCGGCAUCCAGAUGACACCCAAUGUCUCAGUGCUUCUUCAACGAUGGGGAGUUGACAAAGUCAUUGGCGGCAAUCUCGUCCAAUUCGAAGAGCUCAACAUGCGCCGCAAGGACGGUACCAAGGUCGGGCAUACCACGAUAUCCACUGUGGAACAGUCCCUAGGACGGCCAUGGUGGGUAGUCCACCGAGCCCAUCUUCAUGAAGGGCUGGUCACGAUCGCAGAGCAACUAGGGGCCAAGAUCCACAUCGACUCAGCCGUAAGCUACAUUAACUAUCACAACGGCGACAAAGUCACCGUCGAAACCCGCCGCGGUGCAAAGCACACUUUUGACCUCUUAAUUGGGGCCGAUGGAAUCAACAGCAUCACUCGAAAAACACUCUUUCCCAACGUCGCCCCUGAGCCUCCCACUACCAACUGCGCUUACCGGGCUCUGGUGCCGUACGACCAAAUCCGGAAGGAUCCCGUCGCAAGGCAGCUGAUUGAGAAAUUGACCAUGGAAGUGUGGAUGGGCCACAACGCAUAUAUCAUUACGUAUCCCAUCAACGCGGGGAAGAUGUUCAAUCUCGUGCUUUCGCAUCACCGGCCUGAAAAGGUGCGGGCUACACAGCCCGAUGUACCCAUUGAAGAACUGCGGAACGAGUACAAGGACUUUGAUCCGCGAAUCAAACGCAUUGUGCACAUGAUUGAAAGCGUUUCCCGCUGGCCCCUUAUGGUGACCGGUCCCCUAUCAACAUGGUCGUCACCACGCAAGAACGUCGUUCUCAUCGGCGACGCCGCCCACUCCAUGGUUAACCAUAUGGCUCAGGGAGCAGCGACGUCCAUGGAAGAUGGGGCGUUUCUCGCCAAAUGUAUCGGUAAAGUUGUCCAAGGCGGCAUAAACCUCCAGGAUGCCGUGCGCAUCUACGAAGAAGAAAGGAUGCCCAAGGCAUAUGCGAAACAACAAGUCUCGUUCCUCAACGGCGCCAUCUGGCAUUUACCCGACGGGCCGGCACAGCGGGCUCGAGAUGCAGCCAUGGCCCCUGAACUGCAAGGCAAGUAUUACGUGCGCAGCAGCAACUUAUACGGCGAUCCGCAGACCGUGCUGGAGGUCUAUGGUUAUGAUGUCGAGCGCCAUGCGGAAACAGCCCUUGCCAAGUAUUUUAAUCAAGGGCGGGAGCCGUGUGAUCCCAAUACUGGCGUCACACCGACCAUGUAUGAUAAAUCCAUGGGAUGGUUUAUGCCGAAAGAGUCGGAUGUGGCGGAGAGGCCGCAAGCGAUACCACAACAACAGCAGCAGCAGCAGCAGCAAUUCACUGCGAGGUUAUGAGAUCGAUCAGUCUAUACCUACUCCAGGGCCAAUGCUGUCGGAGUACUAAACUCAUGUCCUCCGGUUAGGUCUUCUCGUGGUCUAACAAAAGAUUUCACGGCACAUGAUAUAACCGGCAGGUCCGAGACGAAUCAAGUUCUUUAUCUAUGCAUGUUUACUAUCCAGGAGCCCCAGUGUCCGAGGAUCCAGGUUUCUUCGAUUGCGUCGUAGACUCAAGCCAUAUUGACAGUGUCGCACAAAAUGGAUUAUUAGAUUCCUCCCUGCCAGUGCGAUACUCGAUGGACAAGAAUCCACGGACUAUCAGAAAUGGCCUUCUCUAUCCGACAGGUCUUCAGGGUAUCAAACAGCAAUCUAACGUAAGAAGUAUAUACCGACGGUGACGAACAACAUCAUGCUCUGGCAUAGAUAUCUGUGUCGAAGUGCAAGCCAUCGAUUUUGGAUCGAUCUUGAGCAUCUUUAUUAACCCAAACGCUCACACUGGUGCCAGGACACAUGAAUUGGCCGAAGCCUUCGUCAUCAAUCUUGACCUCAUCGGUCUGCCAGCCCAGGACAUCAGUCCAGACUUCUCCCGCAUGCUCCUUUCCGACAAACAUCUUCUUCUGUCCAGGGGCGGCAUUAGACAAGACACACGCCAAACCGUCCUUGCGGUCAUUGGUGCCUCGGCGCACGAAGCCCAGACAAUUAGCAUCGUCAAAGUAAUCGUCCUGGUCGCCGUAGGCAAAGAGCUUGCGGGCCAGGACCAAAUGGGGCAACUUGCCACCGCAGGAAGGCGGCUCAGGAUGCUUGCCCUUUGUGCCGUACAAGUCACCAUAAAACACACAAGGGUACCCCUCUCUGCGGAGCAGAAUCAGCGCAUAUGCAAGAGGCUUGAAGAAUCCCUCUAUGGGCGUCUCGACAGUCUGACCAGGCUGUGUGUCAUGGUUCAUAACAACAGUAACAGCACAUUCGGGCCUGGCUUGAACCAAACUAUUAUCAAAAACAGUACGCAGAUCCGCGCCCUCGGUAGUCGACAGCCUCGAAAAGUUGUUAAGUAGCGGCGAGUCGUACAGACUGAACUUAUGGUGCAUAUUGUCAAGAUACUCAAGCAUGGCUUUCACUUCACCCGUCCAGAACUCGCCGACCAGAAACAACGAGUUGUCACCAAACUGUUUUUCGAGGUUAUUGAUGAACUCGUUAGUGAACCGCUCGGAAAAGUGCUGGCACGCAUCGAAUCGGAAUCCUUUGAGUUUCAGCUGGCGAACAAUCCACUCGCCCCAGUUUUUCACGUCCGCCUCGACUUCCGGGUGCGAGUAGUCGACGUCGGCGAACAUGAGGAAGUCGGC